AUGAGCGACGAGGGGAUCCGACGGCGUGCGCGCGAGCUUGUCGAGGAGCGCCAGGCAGCCGUCAUGGCGCAAGCGCACGCCAAGAAGCGUGCUCAUGAUGCGUGCGUGUUCCAGCACACGCUCAGCGGAUGGGUCCACAAGCGCAGCUCGGGCGGGUUCAAGUCGUGGAAGAGGCGGAAGGCCAACGCCUAUCCUGAUCCCACCCCGGUCUACGGUGCGUCCAUCACAGGCGUGCUUUCGUACUGGGCGACGCCCGCCGACGAGGAGAAGGGCAAGCCAGCCAAGAAGGAGAUGGUGGUACGGGGCGCGGUGGUGACGCCGCCGGAGGAGGUGCGGGAGGGAGGCAAAUUUCACGCGCGGGCGUUCCAGAUCGACCUAGAUCCAAGGCACGCUGGGCAGAGCAAAGCGGCGGCGCGCAGCCGCCUCCUCCUCGCCCUGGAACAGCCGAGGAAGCUCGAGGCGUGGAUUGAGGCGUACAACGGCGUCAGCGGCGAGGAGCUUCAGCAGCUCCAUGCCUCCAUGCUCGCCAAGGCAGCCACAGAGAAGGGCGCUGCACCCCCGCCGGAGGCUUACCUCGCACACGCGGGUGCGGCGGAGCGGUCCGAGGGUGCCGCCACGGUGACGGCAUUCUCAGGCACGGCGUCGGAGGUCUCCGAGAGCCUGAUGCUGCCCGCGCGCGACGCAACUUCGCCGCAGGCGGCGGAGGAUUUGUCGAGCCUGGAAGCCGCAGCGGCGGAGGCGGCAGCAGGGGCCCCUGGAGGCGAGGCCAAGGAGCGUGAGGCUGGGGGGGGUGGCGCGGAAGCUCUAGAGCCUGACGCCGGCAGCGAUGGGCAGGACGCAGCGGCCAUUGUCGGCAGCGCAACGGAGGGGCAGCAUGCUCCUGAGCAGUAUGCGAAGCCGCAGGUGGUGUCUCGACCCAAAUCUGCUGGCCGGAGCCUCGAGUCGGACGCAGUGGAGGCUGCACAGGUCGAGGGGUCCAAGGUCGCGCAGAGGAUUGACAGCAGCCGCUGCGUUUCUCCAGAAUGGCAGGCUUGGGAGGCGGAGGCCGCGGCACAGUUGGCGACAAUAGAGCGGCAGCUGGAGCCGCUGCGGGCGAAAGCGAAGGUGCACGCGAGGGAGGCGUGGGUGCGCCGCGUGUAG